AUGGCAUGCUUUGAGCUAACGGCUGUUGGCCCAGUGGGCGGCGAGGAGACGCGCUGCCGGUUCUGCGACCGCGUCCUGCCGGACUGGCGGCCCGCGCUCACGCCCGCCCAGCUGCAGCCCAGACCCUCCGUCAUGUCCGUCCGCUACAGGGGCGUGACGCACCGCAUCCAGUACACCCCCGGCCCCGACGGCGUCGACUCGUUCCUCAAGACGCUGCAAUCCAUUGGGAUCAAGGUCGCCUCCGCAUCCCAGGUCACCUUCCUCUGCCGCUGCCCCGACACCGGGGAGGAGGUCUCCCUGCGCGGCCUCAAGGCCUUCGACGCCGCCGCCUACUGCGCCUCCAUCACCGCCGCCAAGCGCCUCAUGCGCGGCGGCGGCGGUGGCGCUAGCGGCGAGGGCGGCGGCGAGGGCGGAAGUGCGCCGGAGCGGGCGCGGCGCGUGAGCGAGGGCGACAUGGGGGUGCAUGCCGCACACCCCGACUCCCCGACUGCUGCGGGGGCGGCGGCGCGGCGGCUGUUCUGCGGCCCGGGCGCCGCGGUCGACCCAUCUGGCGCCAGCACCAGCAGCAGCAGCAGCUCAGGCAGCAGCGACGCGGCCGGCGGCGCGGAGCGGGUCGCCCCGCCCCGCGCGGCCGCCCCGGCCGCCGCGGGCGGCGGGCGCGUCGGGCGGUUCUGGGGCCACGCUGCCGCCCUGCUGCUGGGCAGGCGCGGCUCCCAUUGA